CGUCGCCCAGCGCCAGCAGCCGCCGCCCCGACCCCGGCCUCGGCCCGCUCAGCUGAGGGGCGCCCCGCUCCCGCCCCCGCCCUCGCCCGCGCCAUCGCCUUCGCAGCCAUGAUGCGGCGCGAGCUCAUCCCUUACACGUCCAGCCGCGGCCUGCGCGCCAUGCCGCCCGCGCUGGGGCGGCGGCGCACGGCGUCGUGCCUGCGCACCGCGCUCUUCCUCUUCCUCGUCACCUUCGUGUGGCUGCAGCUGCACGUGGCGUCGCUGGGCGGCCGGCCCGCGCCCGACCCGCCGCCCGACGCGCAGGGCAACGACUCCGUCGCCGCGCUGCUCAGCAUGGUCCCGCAGGGGCUGCACAAGUACCUGACGCCGCGGCCGCGCAACGCGUCUGCCGCCGGCAACGCCAGCGACGCCGCGGCCGCCGCCGCCGCGGGCCCCGCGCGCCCACCGCUCAACAUCUCCGACAUCCGGCGCAACAUCGAGCGCUACAACGAGCAGCAGAGCGUGCUCAACGAGGACGCCUUCGGCCCGCUCACCAACGACUCCGUCGUCAUCGUGGUGCAGGUGCACACGCGCAUCACGUACCUGCGCCACUUGAUCGUGAGCCUGGCGCAGGCGCGCUACAUCGAGACGGUGCUCCUGGUGAUCAGCCACGACGUUUACGACGAGGAGCUCAACGAGCUGGUGCAGAGCGUCGACUUCUGCAAGGUCAUCCAGAUCUUCUACCCGUACAGCAUCCAGACGCACCCGCACGAGUUCCCCGGGGAGUCCCCGGGCGACUGCCCGCGCAACAUCCAGAAGGAGCAAGCUCGAAAAUUGAUGUGCAACAAUGCUUUAUACCCUGAUCUGUAUGGUCACUAUCGUGAAGCUAAGUUCACACAAACCAAACACCACUGGUGGUGGAAAGCAAACCGUGUUUUCAACCAGUUGGAAGUGACUCGAAAUCAUACAGGUUUGGUACUCUUCCUAGAAGAGGAUCAUUAUGUUGCUGAGGAUUUCCUUCAUGUUCUGCGCCUAAUGCAGCAAACUGCUCAUACUUCAUGUGUACAUUGCAACAUACUGUCAUUAGGUUCAUAUUUGAAGACCUACAAUUAUUAUGCUGACUCAAAAAAGAAGGACGGGGGCUCUGCCGUGGCCCAGAAAGCAGUGGGCCGACGUACCAGUGGCAACAACGUCGCCCCCUCAUGGGGCUUCCAGGUCCUCCCCACUCUGUACCAGCACUACCAGAAGGCAGAAGCAACACCAUGGAUUAGUUCCAAACACAACAUGGGGAUGGCUUUUAAUCGAUCAACUUGGGAAGACAUUCGCCGAUGUGCAGACUUCUUUUGUACAUAUGAUGAUUACAAUUGGGAUUGGAGUCUACAGCAUAUUUCCCAAGGCUGCUUAGCACAUCGUUUACAUGCUAUUGUAAUGAAAGGGCCUAGAGUCUUCCAUAUCGGUGAAUGUGGUGUGCACCAUAAGAAAGCCAACUGUGAAAGCACAGCAGUGAUCAGUAAAGUGCAGCAUGUACUGAAAUAUGCAUCCAAACAUCUGUAUCCUCCUCGGCUGACAUUGACAGUUACCACAACCACCAAGAAACAAAAGCUGAGGAAGGGAAAUGGUGGUUGGGGGGAUUUGCGUGACCAUCAAUUGUGUGUCAAUAUGACUCGCUCUGUGAGGUAGUUGCUAGCAGGCUAGGCUCUGCAUCAUGGACCAUAAAUUGGCAUCAGAGUCGCCAGUUGGCCUGUGAAGAGGCUGGCAGUCCUGGAAAGAUUUCAGUUCUGGGCUUAAUCUUGGAGAUUGAGCCAGAGAAACUUUAUCUAAAUAUUCCAUGCAUUAUUGCAGAUCUCUUUUUAAAAUAGUAAUUUUGUUACCAAAGCAAGAAACUGGACUUAACUGUAAUAUAUUAGUUCAAUAUGACAAUUGUGUUGGACUUUUGUAGGUGUAUAUGUGUAUGGUUCAUUAAGAAACUAUUCAUGUUUCAUGCAAGAUUACAUUGUGGCCAGAUUUGUACUCACUUGCCUCCCUAGGUAAGAAAAAAUUUAUUUAUUUCAUAUGAAAAAAGCAUUAUAACAAAUGCAUUGACAUACAUUUUACAAGUUUAUUGUUGAAUCUAGAUCAGGAUAAACACGUAAUAAGAGGGGAGGCAAUUGUUUCCAGAAAGCAAAAGUAAACAAAUACUUAUUUUACUUCUCAAAUUAGCCACCUUUCAGCGAGAAUUCUGCCAUCUCCAGAUUUUGCUACCAAAGCCUUUAUUUAAUGUCAGUCAGUGAAUUCAGCUUUGGGAAUGAUAAAACAUUUGAGAAUAAUUUGUGUGUGUCUAGCAACUAUUGUUAAGAAGUAUUGUCUUAAAGUGAAGGCUGACACACUUUUUGGAUAUAAUUUGUCAAAUUAGCUUUGACAAUAUUAUAUUUUGUGAUCUCCUCACUUGUAAUUUAUGAAGAACCAGCUAACAGAGAGAAUGCUAAAUGGAUUUGUUUCCAUGGACACAUAAGUGCAGCACACUUAUUUUAUCAUGAUUUUACAUUGCUUGAUGAAGCAGCUCAGUAACAAGUACAAUGAAGAAACAACAGAAACAGAAAUGAGUGAUGUGAUAAGGGGUUAAUACCUCCUUGCCCAGGAGAUACACUGUCCACAGUAACACAAAUUUCCAUUACAUGGUAUAUUGAUGAGUGUGUGUAUGCAAGUGUGCCUGUGAAAUUUCUCAGUUGACAUGAAAAAUAGCAGAUCUUGAUGUUCAAAGAAGUGAAUGAAGAAAAGUAAUUGACUGAGAAAGACCUUCGUUUAGAGCUUUUGGUCAUUUACCAAUUUCUCUUCAUGACAACCGAAGAGACAUUGCAAGAAUUCGCAUCCUGAUUUCUUUACCAUAUUAACUCAUCCCAGUAAAUUCAUGUUUAUUAGAUAAACCAAGACAGCUAUAAUGCAAAAUAUAUUCAUACUAUUCUUCGCAGAAUUGAUUAUAACAUUUUGUAAUACCCAGUUGCCUAAUAUUCAGUACACAUUUCCUUCAUUCUUAGGUGGUGUUACAAUUCUUCCUAGUGCACAAUGCAAAGAUCAGAGAUGGUGUAAAUAAAAAUGAGUUAAUAUGGAUUGCUUCUAUCUGUGUUGUAGUGUUGUGAUCAGUGUGAUACUGCUUUCUCUGCUUGGUGCAGUCAUCAGGCAUAAAGACAUGAAGUCAAUAUCUAUUUUUAUCCUAAGGCAAUUAUUUUGCCAGUUAUUAGCAAAUGAACUUUUGUAUAAUUCAGAUGACAGGUAAAAUCAGUGUCUUUUGAGUUCUGUGAUUUUUGUUUUGUCAAUAUUUAUAGUAUUUAAUAGAAUUAAAUUUGUUUAUUUCCUUUCCUCAUUUACAGAUAAAAGUUUGGUCUAGAAAAAAGGAAACUCAUGUUUUGAAUGAAAAGUAAAACUUUUCAGGAAGUGUUCACAAUUUCAGCUUGGCAUAGUAUUCUGUGAAAGUCAAAAGUGUUUCCAAUAAUUCUAGCUAGUUAUCAGAUAUUAACUGCUAGCAUUUCGUGAUAUUGUCAUUACCUUGAUGUUUCUUGUACAUUUACAAGAAAGAAAGACAAUUUUGUAUGUUAAUGAGCAAAUUAGUAGUGUUCUCUGUCCUGCAGUGUUCUAUAAAAUUAUUUUGUAAUAUGAAACUUAAGGCACAAUUUAAUGUUUCCAUGAAGAUGUGGCAUUACAAUACCUUUUAUUUGAAAAAUCGAAUGGUGCUAUCGGUAUUGAAUUUAUGUUAAUUAAUUUGUUAUAGUUUUCAUAAAAAAUUGUAUUAUUUGUUUUCUUAAUUUUAGUAAUAGGAACUAAAAAUAUUCUCUGAAGAAAGAAAUGGUAAGCAAUAUAUAUGGAUUGUAAAGUUAUUAUUGUGUUCAAAUUCUGUUUGAAAUGAUUUGGUCCCAGGCUCUGGACUUACUUUAUAAAUACAAUAUACUUUAUAUACUUGUCUUAGUAGUUGAUAUUGUUCAAAUUUUACUGUAUUUGGAUUAUUAAUUUUCAUUCACAACUAUUAAAAUAUUCACCCUGCAAGAGAUGUGGAUAAUUUGAAGUACUUUAAAAAAAACGAAAUUUUCUGUUGCUUCAAUAAAAAUUACUGUAAUGUAGAACCUGUGACUAAAGAAAAUAUUAUUUGCAGUGACUGGGACCUAUUUUGUAUUAAAUUUGCUAGUAUAUCAGUAUAAAUGUGAAUAAAUUGCCCAAUGAUCUGACAGUUCUUCAAACAAGAAUGGAACCAUAAGCUUUCUUGUAUUGAAAAAAAAACAGCAACAUAAAUUACAAGAGGUAUUUGGGUAUGUUGCUUCUGAGUUCCCUGGGACGUUGCAAGACUACCCAGAGCUUUCAGUGUCACUUAUUUGGGUGAUGUCAUACAUAAUGUAUGGUGUUACAAUGGUUUGGUGCUACAAUAAUACUACACAACAAGUUGUUGACAAUAGGUUUUGAGGCUCUUUGUUACUAAUGAGUAGUUUAUUUUUGUCAUUAAAUGAAUUUCAUUUUGAGCCUAUGCACAUAUUUAACAGUUUUCAUUAUUUCUCUCUUAUUGCUGUUGGUAAUGUUAUGUUUACUUAUUCUAGUCACAUAAAGCAUAAGACGGAAUACUAGUAGUAAGCAUUUAUAGAUUUUUUUAUUCUCUUCAAACUAAUCUUCAUGAUGUAAUGUGUGUCGAAUGUGUCCGAAUAGUUUAGCAAAUUCAAUCAAAUAUUUAAAAUAACUUACUAAGAUAUGUCAUAAAUGGUUUUGUUACAAUAAUAUACUAAAGAAAUAAAUUUCACUUACUACGGCAGAUAUUGAUUUCUAAAAAGAAUAGGAUAUUUAUUAUGUUGUGCCGCAAAUCUGUUAAUAUCAUCACAAAAUGUAUAAUUCUUUUCCAUUUUUCUCUAAAAAUAAGUAAAAUUCUGUACAUUGCAUUUGUUCAAUUCUCCUUUUCUCUAUUGUUAGUACAAAGUUGAUAAGUCUAAAGUGAAUUUUCCUUUACCAAGUAUCUUAAAAUUUGGAUAAAAUUAAAAAUUCAAUUAAUGCUUUAUAACAGUCAUAAACCUAAUCAAAUUUUCAUUAAUUAUAUGCAGGUCAAUUAUGUUCAUAAAGCAACAACUUGAAUUCUGGUUUCUGAGAACAACAUUCAUGGUAAACUACAAAAGUACACACAAAAAAUAACUUCAUUUAUUAAAAAGUCAUAUUUCCUAAACAGCAUUAAUUAGAUAUAAGCCUUGUUAAGAAAAUAAAAAAGUGCAGUGAAAUAUUUGAGACUACACCUCUGCGUAAUUACCAUAACAUCUUGUACCAAUUGAACCUUUCUUAAUUUUCUGACAGAAAAUUGUAAGUGAAAAACUGUCUAAGUAUCCAUUUCUAAUUUCCAGCACAUACAUAGUGGUCAAAUCAAAAGACACAUGACACACAGUAUCAAAAAGAGAGAAUAAAAGUGUUUUGUUCUUGAAUUUGUUUUGUUUUUACUUCGAAAUAAUAUGAGUUAAAUAUCAACAUUGCCCAACAUACCCCUACAUCCACAGUCAAUUUUAAUAUCUGUUUUUGAAGAAAGAAUUGGCCUAUUUAGUUGUUAAAAAUUCUAAUGAACAUAAAAAACACUAACAAAACUUUUUUGUUAAUAAUUCUUAAUAUUUGUUUGUAUAUUUCAGACCCACUAUGAUGUGUUGCUAUAAAUUUUAAACAAUGUUAUUGAAAGCGAAUACAAAGAAAACAUUUAAUUUGUAAAGAUAUUAUGGUUUAUGCAUGGAAAGCAACACUGUUUACACAUUCAUGUUUAUAUACUGAUGGAAAAUCUUUAAAGAGAACAAAAAGUGAAUACUCUCAUGAAUAAAAAUAAUUUUCUGUAAUUUGCAAGCUGGAGUUACUGAAAGAAAACAAAAACAAAAAGUGAACUUUUGGAUGGAGUGAUUAAAA